AGCCCAACAAAGCGGCUAUACUUGGCCGUAACUAAGGUCCCACCUCUUGUUGUUGGGCAUGGUCUUCGGUUGGACGCGUGGUUGAGUGUGACGAACGCUCGAUAAUCAGGAGCGUCAAAACAGGCACAGGCCUGGCGGUCACUCGGCGGCAUCCCGGACUCGGUUCCGUGCGCGGUCGCGAAGUCCAGGGCCUUUGAAGUUCAAUACUGCAGCAAUGUCAGCCAUGCAGGAGCCUCACUGGGCACAUGACAGCGUUGGAGCUGGCGUUGACACGACAUCUGAUACGCAAUCCCUGGCCUUCCCCGUGCCAACGGACACCGAAGCCGCGCUGGAGGAUUUCGAGGGCGCCGACGCCGUGCUGGAUGUUUUUGGGAACUUACACGACCUGGGUUCGGGCACAAGUCUGGACUCAGAAACGAUGGAACUUCUGCGCAAGGACUGCGCCGGUGACUUCGCCGAUGUCUCGGGGCCCGUUUGCGACGGCCUGGCGGGGGCGAGCUACUGCUCACCAGCGGCGCCCGAGGGCAGCGGCGGCCUGAGCGGCGGCGGCUCAUCAGUGCCGCCGCCCACAGGCGGCAUGGUAGAAGGGGCUGCGGCAACUUGCGACGCCCAGUUGCUGGGUGGCGGAGGCUGGGGUGCAAUGCGGCAGCAGCCGCAGUGCAUGGGCGCAUGGGCACAGCAAGCGCAAAGCGGCUGCUGGAUGCCACAGUCGGGUACAUGGUCGCACUCAGCUUUCCUGCCUCUGCAGCUUCAGCAGCCUAGCGUUGCGGCGCCGCCUGAGUUAUGCGACUGGCAGCACCAGCAGCACCAGCAGCACCACCACCAGUACCAGCAGCACCAGCACCACCAGCAACACUCUUUCAGACUACAGCAGCACGAGCAGUACCCGCCGCAGCCCCAACGCAUCCCGCCGCAGGUACCGCAGGCUCUUUCUUAUUACCAGCACUUGCUGGCUGCUGCGGAACCCGCUGCCGCGCCAUCGGACCCGGCACAGCAGCAGCCGCUGCAGCCGCAGCCGCAGCCCCAGCCGCAGCAGCUGUGGCACCUCUCUGGCGGCGGCUGCUGGCCACACCCGCACCCUGCGUCCAACGGCUUGCAGCACCAGCAGCCAACGCAGCCGCCGAAGCCGCCGCAGCCGCCGCAGCUGCCGCAACCGCCGCAGCCGCCGCAGCUGCAGUCGGUGCACCUGCCGGCGCGCAAUGGGGAGCACAUGGACUUGCUCCGCCGGCUGCUCGCAGCUGGCAAGGCUGGGCCCAAAAUCUGGGCAGCGGUCCUUCAGGAUGGCGACGGCGGCAAGAGCUGCACUGUCGCGGAUCUGCUGCAGCCGGCGGCCGCGUCAGCAUCCGGCGCAGCAGGUGCUGCUGGCGGCAGCAGUAACGCUUUUGCAGCUGCUGGCAGCGAUCGUGUCAGCAAGGGUGUCGGCUGUUUGCCUGUCUAUGCCACGCUCCCGGCGGACGUUGUCCGGGCCCGGUACGCUCCGGGCAGUCCGACAACCAGCGCCACGUUCACGUACAUAGGCCCAGCGCGGCCGGCGAAGACUGAUUACACCACUGGUAGCGGCGGCUAUUCCAAGUCUGCCUUCCACCCCUGCCCCAACGACGUCCAGCUGGCCCUCUGUGGCGUGCUCGGCUCGUCCCUGCUGGAUGGCGCGACGGCGGCGGCGGCCGCGGCCGCGUCGUCGGCGGCGGUCCUGGCAGCAGCGCAUUUGCAGCCGCUCCUUACCGCCACCGCAUCAAGCAUCGCGACGGCUGAUGGGCAUGGUCGUGGUCGUGCAGGCGGCACAGGCGGUGGCGGCGGCGGCGGCGGCGGCGGCGCCAAGGGCCAGUGGCCGCCAACGCCGGGGCUGUAUUACUUCCUGGACAAGGAGUACCGCGCCCACUGCCUGGAUCACCAUGACAUGACCAACCACAAGUGCAUCAAGAACGGCCACGUCACGCACAGCCUGCACCGACUGCUGGUCGUGCGGUGCAUUGGCGUGCGGCCAGAGGACGCGCGUGCCGGCGGGGCGGCUGGCGUGGAGGAGGGCGCGGCGGCGGGGAGCGCUGGGGCAAAAGGCGGCAAGGGGGGCUGGGGCGGCAAGGGUAACACGUCGGGCGGAGAUGAUGGCUUCGGUGGGCAGAUGGUGCAGGUGACGGCGAAGCGGGACAGCGUGGUGGCCACCUUUGAGUUCGGCAAGUCCUGGCCGUGCAUCAACGUGGUGCGACCGCCGGGGCAGGCUCCGGCAGGGGCCGGCAGCCAUGGACCGGCUGCUGUAGCAGUAGCAGUGCCGUCUGCGGCGGAGGAGCAUGAGCAGGCGCCGGCAGCAAACGGUACCGUCAGCAGUAGCAAGGCCUGCCGGCCGGCCAGCACCUCAAGCAGAUGCCGGCGGGUCCGGCAGGAUGCGCCGCCGCCGUCAGCGGUACCGCCAGCCUGCGCCGCUGCACCGGCUGCCGCAGCUGUAGCGGCUGCUACAGCCGCCGCGACCGCCGUGCUGGCUGCCGCGAUGGGCCCUGCUGAUGCUGCUCCCGGCAUGUGCGCGGCGGCCGAGGGCGGUACGGCGGCGGCGGAGGUGGCGGCGGAGGUGAACGAGGCUGAGCACCGCGCCAGCCGGCGACGGCUUGUCCCUACCACCGCGGCGGCUGCUGGUGCUUCCGGUGACGCCGCCGGUAGCAGCAGUGGCGGCGGCGGCGGUGACAGCAGCAGCAACGUGGAGGCUCUCAGCCAGGCGAUGAAGGACGCGGCGCGGCUGCGCAAGUGCAUCCGGACGUUUCUGGAUUCCGAGGAGGACGUCGCCGCCGCCAUGGAGUACUUCAGGACGCUCAUCACCCGGGAGUUCUGCGGCGACGUGAAGCGCAUCCUGAAUAUGCGCGGCGGUCAUCAUAAACGUUAUGGCAUCAUGAACUCCAUUAUCCACGAGGUCCUGGACCUUGAAGGCCUGUUGUCGCCGUCGCCGCCGGAGUCGCCGACGGCAACGCAGACGGCGCAGGCGGCGCAAGCGGCAUCGCAGUCGCUAUCGGCUGCACCGCAGCCACCGCCGCCGCCGCCGCGUGUGAUGUCGGACCGCAUGCAAGUCAAGGUGGUGGCGGUGUUUGAGGUGCUGUUCACCACGGUCGGCGGCGGAGGCGGAGGAGGCGACGGAGGCGGCGGAGGUGGCGGCGGAGGUGGUGCAGGCGGGCUUGGGCCGGCCGACGCGAUCAAGGAGCUGUGCCUUCAGGAAGACUUUGAGUGUCAUGACACAGCGCUGCACACCUGCUGCAGGUAUGGGCUGGUGCGCGUGCUGGAGUGGCUGCUGCCGCGCGUGGACGCGGACGCGCUCACGGCCAGCACCAAGGACGGCUGGUGCCUGCUGCACACGGCGGCGCGCGCGGGGCACGGCCAGGCCGUGGAGAUGGUGCUGCGGCGCUGUCUGAAACUAGGGAUGUUUGAGCCAUCAGCGCUGGAGGCCGGCACCUGGGUGUUGCUUUGCGACAUCUCGCACAUCAACAAGCACUACCGCCGCACGAAUGCCCGCGGCGUGCUGGACGCGGCCAUGGAGCGGGUGUGGCCGGACCCCUCCUCGCGCCCGCGCGUGCGCAACGACGUGCAGAAAGAUACACAGCUCAAGGCGCUGAUGACUGGCCUGAGCCUGCGCUACCUGCGCAUGGGGCGCCUCAGCCUCAGCGGUAUGGACACAACUGAUUAAUGAACAUCGUUAUGAUGCCCAUCGUACCUACCAAGAGAGACACGGAGCUGCACGGAGCAAGGAAGGAAGAGGCACAUGCGGUAUUCCGCGGCGAUGUCCCCGCACGGGGCCAACGCAAACAGUGCGUGCAACAGGGGUACAUGCAAUUACGUUCCGCUAUGUAUGCUACGCAAGCCAUUAUGUGGCUUCCAAUGCUAUGAGCAUAAACGCUGGUCGGAGCAUACGUAACUUUCGAACGGAAUAAAGGCAUGUCAGCACGUCAGCGCGCGUGCUGUGUAGGGGUCAACCCUAGCAGCGUGUGACACACAACUUGGGGGCUUCUGUCGUAUGUGUUAGUUGCUACGUACUUGCUUGCUCGAGGUUGCUCACGAUACUGCAAACAACAUACCUUGCACAGUUCUGAGGUGUGUGGACUGCGAUACGAAGGACAACGGUUUCUUUCACACUGUUCUGAGGCACAAGCACAGGCCUGCUGCAUAGCCACCAUCACGUACACAAUGUUGCAAUGCUGCGUACCUACGGUCGCGCAGCACGAGCCAAGCCAGUAGAUUAGGCUGCAAGAUGCGCAGGCGUGUGUGCGUACGGCAGUGUUACGGUCCUGCAUUGUGGUGGUGCAUUGUGCACGUGGCGCACUACCGUAUCGUGCGCAGGUCUUUGGUUUGAGCGCUUCGCUGCAUUCCAUGAUGGGGUUGAGUUGACAAGCUAUUGAGCUGUCUGAUUUGGAGAUGUCGCACAUGAUUUUCGCUUGGCAUUCUGUUGUUAGGGCGCAGCCGUGUCUUGUGCCGUUCGGCCGGGACCCGUGCAUGCGUCUCUUACGGUACACGGCCUUUGUGUCACGUGUCUCCGCCGCCCGACCAGGUCUGCUUACACAUAAGACUCGCGGGGCUUUACCCCUGCCAAUGCGCCGCUGUGUUGGAGCUGAGUCGGUGGCCGAGUCGGGGGUGUUGUCUUUGCUGAGGGGAGCGCGGUCUCCCCGGUUCGACAAGGCGGAAUUGUUCACCAUCUUUUGCGGUGCCUUUGCGGUGCCUUUAACAGUCGUAGCUGUCUUUUGUAGAUACACACAGGACAGCAACAGGCAGGAGGAGCCGUAGUUGUUCACGUGCUUGCAGUUGUUCGGUUGGCCGUUGAACCAUGCUUUCAUUGGUUGCAAGGACAAGAAGAGACAGUCAUAUGAAAGGGACAUUCAUGUCAGGCCAGGGAAAACGCCCUGCCCUGAUGCGCAGGGACCUGUCAAGCACCAGAUGAGCCUUGCGCCUGUGCGCAGCUGUGCGCAGUGUUGCCUUUGCGUAGGCGGUGGAGUGUGUUGUCCUCGGAUGUUUACCGUGCAGCUCUGCAAAUGGCGGCUGAAAUGGCGCUCUCUAUUGGGCUGUAGGCGCGGUAUUCACGAAAGCGGAGAGUACCCCUGUCACGUACCACGGCUAAUGAGAAGGCAAAAGCGGCCCUGGCCAGGCGUCAGGCGCUGACCCUGGAGGAAUGUGGGCGGCAUGUGUUGGAGGAAACUGGACGCGACCCUGCCUGUGCAUCCGGUGGAUGGGAAACGCAUGACGGUUGAGUGUAGGUGGAUUGACAGGGCUCAGGCGGGCUAGGCGGGGCUCAGGCGGGUUCGGCGGGGUCUAGGCUGUCUGUGCGUACCGCGUAGCUGUGGGAGGUAGACUGCGAACCAGGGCAGGGUGGUUUCCCCUUGUCUGGCUUGAAUAUCCCUUUGGUUGCAUUGUCCCUUCUUGUAACCUUCAUGCAAUGUGCUUGCAAUACUUCAGGCGCUUGGGGGCGUCGGCCAGGGUCGGCCAGGGUACAAUCCGAUCGGC